AUGGAGUGCCCGAAUUGCGAAGAUCGCGAUUCCCAAUUAAGUUCUUUCAACUCGAAGACAGAUACUGCAGAUCAUCGACGCCAAACAUACCAGACUAAUUCCAAGGAGCCAGUCAGUCCGAGCAAGGAUUCCGACAAUCCGGCGUUACCAGUGAGCUUCCGGUUCGCUUGUUUCCGACCAUCUAUCGACGAGGUGUUACUGGGAACUGUUAAAUCUUGUACGAAAUCCGGGAUUCGUGUCUCCAUUAAUUUUUUCGAUGACAUCUACAUCCCUGCGGAUAAGCUGCGACAUCCCUCUCGAUUUGACUUUGAACAAGGUGCUUGGAUCUGGGAAUACGCAUAUGAAGGUGAGACGGCUGAACUGCGCAUUGACAAAAAUGAUACAAUCCGAUUUCGUGUUGUAGAAGAGUUGUGGCGCGAUCCGAAUCCAGAUGGCCCCAAGUCACUUACCAACACAAAUGCAGAAGCCGCGGCUGAGGCUGAAGCGUUGGCCGAGGAUCAACCUAUCUACAAUGCGCCCUAUACUCUGAUUGGUUCGAUUGUGGCUGAUGGUCUCGGGGUGACUUGUUGGUGGGUGAACUAA